AUUCCCUUCGCCAUUUUUAACACAAGUCGAAGUGACUGAAAAAAUCUGCCGUGUGUCGGCGAAACUAACGCGGGUAUUUUCGUCAAAAUCCCGCAUUUUGUUAUUAAAUUACUCUCAACAGAUAUUCCGAAUCUGAAGACAAGAUGAGUGGUUUACCAAGGAGGAUUAUUAAGGAGACACAACGUCUUGUAGCGGAGCCUGUGCAAGGUAUACAAGCAAGUCCAGAUGAACAUAAUGCAAGAUACUUUCACGUUAGAGUAGCUGGCCCAAAAGAUUCACCAUAUGAAGGAGGCUCUUUCAAGCUAGAAUUAUUCCUGCCAGAAGAAUAUCCAAUGUCAGCACCUAAAGUUCGCUUCAUGACCAAAAUAUAUCACCCAAAUAUUGAUAAACUGGGUCGUAUAUGUCUUGAUAUUCUCAAAGAUAAAUGGAGUCCAGCUCUGCAGAUCCGAACCGUUUUGCUGUCAAUUCAAGCUUUACUCAGUGCCCCUAAUCCAGAUGACCCCUUAGCUAACGAUGUUGCAGAGAAAUGGAAAGUGAACGAAGCACAAGCUAUUGAAACCGCAAGAGCAUGGACAAGACUGCAUGCAACAAAGCCAUGACAGGGCAGCUUUUAUUUUUUGUUUUUUGUUUUCCUUGUAUAUCUACUCUGCGUUAAACACUCCAAUACUAACAGUGGGAGAGAAGGGACACUGCAGAAAAAGGAAAGCAGUAGACCUUCGGGACUCUGCUGUAUGCUGGCGGUUCGUAACAAGGCAUGUUUAAAAUUGGGACUGUAUAACUGAAGUUUGACGGCGCUGGCCUGUAGUUUGUAAAGUGAUUAUAUUUUUAUUGUUUUCAUUUUAGUAAGAUUCUGUUUUAGAGGGAAAUUCACUCAGACCCCCCCCCAAAAAAAAACCAUUAAUACAUUCUGAGUUGGUUGAAUCCUCUACAAACUCCAGGCCAGGACUUUGUUUUUUGUAUAAAAUAAAAAAAA